CGUCGUGACGCUCCACUCUCUCUCUCUCCCUCUCUCUCUCGUUUCUCUCGGCUCUCUCGGUGGCGUCCGCAGCAUCGCGACGCUACGACGCGCUCCGUCGACUAUCCUAUCGGGAGAGACGCCGUCUCUUUAAUUUUCCUACGAUAUAUACGAGCGACACGGACUUGAUUAUUGAUAACGAUCGCAAUAGGUGACAUUGUAAUAAUAAAAAAAAUAUUUGUUGCUGCACUUUGAAAGUGUUUCAAUCAGCACAAAAAUUAAAAAAAAGUGCCGAUAAUAACUACGUUGAUUGUAGAAAAUAGAAAAAAUGAGGAGUUAUUAAAGGCACGUCGAAGGCGCCUUCUCUCGUCGAUGGGUGAACAGAAAAGCCAAAUCGUGAAGUUUUACCAGACGUGAUCCAUCUUGGUGUCCCGAUCGAGUGAUCUAUCGGAUCUCACCGCAAAACGUACUGCAGCCCUUCAGGAUUCCUCGCCUCCGAGAGUCACGCACGAACGUUCUUCCUCCCUUUGCCUUCCGGCGCUUCGCGUACUCGCUCAAGUCUUAUCGACACUCGUGGAUUUACUACUGCCAAGACUCGUCGAUUCGCCCGCGUAGCCGUAAGCGCAGUAGAUGCAAGCUGCAAUGCACCGCGCGUCGAGAGCGCAUCGGCAGAGGUCGAAGCCACGCAGCACUGCUUCGCAGGUGCGCAUGGACGACUCGUGAGUCACGAUUGGUCCUUCGAGUGCGUCGUUUCAGGCGCGCUCAAACGUUUGCAAUCGUGCACAUCCUCGACGCUCUCGACGAUGAAGAAGCAGUGCUUAAAAAAACUGGUCGGCCAUCAGCGAGGCAGGUCCUCGAAAACUCGCGACCGACAGGGAUGAAAGGUUAUUCAGAAACGUACGAAGUACGUGUGCCUCGAGCGGGACGCGGGUGUCUCGUCUGGAGAUUCAGCACCGUAGUCACGUGGGAAAGCAAUUGGCUUACUGAUGAUGACAAUGGAGCACAAACAGACGAUCUUACUGGCACCAUCGCUGAGCAACAGCAGCUGUUGGCGAAGCGGCACGUCCGAGGCCACUUGGACAGGUCCAGGACCUGGAGAACUGCUACGAGCCACUCUGAUACUGCUGCUCAGUCUUGGUAUCCUGUGCGCCAAUCUUUUGGUAAUAUGCGUUAUCAAUUGCAGGCAGUACAACAAGUACAUACAUGCUCAGCCCAGAUAUCUGCUGACGAGCUUGGCGUUUAACGACCUAGCGAUUGGUCUACUAGUGACGCCUUUCGGUUUCUUACCAGCUGUUUACGGAUGCUGGCCAUACGGCGAAGUUGUUUGCCAAAUUCAGGCACUUCUUAGAGGCGCUUUGACGCAACAGAGCGCCGUAAUCCUCGUCUGCAUGGCAAUCGACCGUUACGUUUGCAUGCUGCAUCCUCACCGCUAUCACAAGCACUCUUCUAAAAGGUAUUACAUGCGGCAGGGUUGCGUGGCAGUGAUGUCGGCCACCUGGAUAGCGAGCGUGGCGAUUUUCGGGGUACUCGUGCUCCCCCGAGGCGGAUACUACUUCAACGGGUCUGGCCUUCUCGCCUGCGACCCUUUCUUCGCUAGAGCGUCUCUUAGAAUCCUGGCAUGUUGCUGUUUUUAUUUCCCGACGACGAUGGUGUUGAUGUACUGCUACGGAUCGGCCUUCCACGUUAACAAACUACGCUUGAAAAGAGUGGUCUGCGUUAACACGCCGGAGGUCGUUAGCGGUGGCCACAUAGAAAGGCUUGUCGCUCACGAGAGACGAUUGUCGACCUCGGCCGCGCGAACAAUGGCUGCAAUGAGUUUGGGUUUCAUCGUCAUGGUCACACCGUGGACGAUUCAGGAAGUCGUAGCAGCCUGCACCGGAAGCAAGCCACCGCCGUUUCUGGACUUCCUAGCCACGUGGCUAGCUCUUUCUAACAGCUUCUGGAAUCCCUUUCUCUAUUGGCUGCUCAACAAUCAUUUCCGCCGAGUUUCGAGGGAGCUUCUUUACACGAAGAUUCUGUGCAGGUCUAAGCCGUUAAGUGCGAAGCAACACUGCUGCGCGACCAGCACGGGUGGCUUAGAUGUUUGCAGCAUCGCCGGUGUCGACUUAUCAGGCUUAGAGCGUUGCUCAAUGGAACGAUGCUCAAUGGCACGUUGUUCCUCAUUAUCAUUAGCGAAUACGCCACCGCCGCUCCCUUGGGAGACCGGACACGUGACACAUAAUGACACAGCAUCCACGUGAGCCAGAGAUGCCGCCACGCAGACGGAGGAUUUCGGAUCUCCGGACGACGCCAGUUAGUACAGCGUGGCGGCAAGCCGGCACCCGACGCUCCAACGUUACUGGGCACAACAUUCGUCGUCAUUUAAUCGAAGCAAUGUCACACCCUCGCUAGCACAAGGACGAGUUUUACACGUCGAGGAGGACAGCCGCGGCAGGACGGGCCGGCGUCUACACGAUCGACGGCGACGUUUCGAGUAUACGCGCUUCAAGAGCUUGCCAGAUCUUAUUCAAGAUUUGGAAUCGUGACGAAACGUUAAUUACAAGCACGUUGUCGAAUCAGGGUAUUAUCGUUCGCUUUGUCGCAGCGCGACUCUCAGAAGCGCGGCUUGAUCUCACGCGGCUGCAACAGCACGUGGAAAACAUUCUAAUCGCAAAUUCCACGCUCCCAGGCAGGAUUGCGCGUAGCUUGCGUCAACACACUGCGAUUAGUUCUCGUCGCGAUGAGAUCAAUUACGGAAAUUAAUUACGGCAUCAACAGGGAUGCUAAUCGCGCCAUUCUCGAUGCACAUGGAGAUGUUUAAUCACGGCGGAGCGCUGUGCGAGUGUUAACGUCAUUCGCGCCCGCAUUCACCCCCGUUUUCCACGAUUGAUUAUUAACGCGCGAGCGCUCGCGCCACAGGCGGUGCGCUCAAGUAUGAAAUUGCUUCUUUCUUUAUAACUUUGUGUACUUUCUUUACGACUCUUCAAACUGUAUAAGUAUACGUUUGAAAUUGCAGGUACCAAAAUUCACAGUACCUCUUUUCAACUUGCGAAUUCUUUGAUCAAUUUCAAGCGUUGAGUCAAGUGUUUCUUCAAGAAGUUUUAAUGAACGUCUUAAAGUAUUUAAAUAAGGCGACUGCAAUCUCCGAUACACUCACGUAUUCAAAAUGACGUAAAAUCGCGUGUAAAACGAUAUCUUGUGGAAAACUAAGAUAAAACUAAGAUGUAAACGUGUAAUUGUUUGCUCAAGACCAAGAGCUCAUUGGCGUGAGGCCAAUACACAACCCCCUCUAUAUAUUCAUAAGUAUUGUUGUUACAUAUACUUCGUAAAAAAAAAUCCGGCAAGAAGAACGCACAAGGGGUGCAAAUAUCCGAUCAUCCUUUUAAUAUCGCAGAAUUUUAUACUGUAAUGAACAAACUCUAUAUACAUAGAUAAAAAGCGCACGAUAUAUAGCGAUGUUAUUGCAUUUUCAAAAAUGCACUUUAUACGAUAGUCUCACACUUUCUUUGGAACCUCGAAUCGUUACGAAUUAACCGCGAUAUUCCCCAAGAAAUUUGUUCUAAUAAUGGUAUCACAAAUUACUUUUAUUUAGCAUAAUGCAGGCAAAACAUUGCAGAAAUGACUUUAUAAACUUAAUUACGCAGCAGACCUGAAUCAAUUAUAGUACUAUUGACUUUUCAUACAUGCGCGUGAAAGACACCAAUACAUGGAUUUUCGUUAGGCUUAUUGUAAAAAUUGCAAGUGUAGAAUUAAGAAGUUUUUAAAUACGAAAGUAGAUAGCAAAUAUAUAAGAAUUAUAUUGAAUAUUAUCGAGAGAUUCAUCAGAAUGCUCGAGCAAUGGUAAUGGCAUCUCCACUUUAAACGAGAAACACCGAAUCGAUGCCGUGCAUGUUUUAGCUUGUGUGUUGGUGGAACAGAAUCGUCUUGUACGUAAGAAGAAAUUAUGUUUCACUGAUACAUAGACUUUUCUCUUUGAUCAGAAAAAAAGAUGUCAAACGAUCGCAGGUUGAACUGCUAAUGAGGUCGACACGAUACCGUUUCAUACGCAGCGUUCUCAUAAAUAAAGCCUGACUUUCCUCGAGAUUUUCAUACACGUGAAAAUAAUUACAUUUUCAAUUUGUAAUUAAAAACGUCGCGCAUCACUCUGAUACAAAAGGAUUUAUAUGUACUUGAAUAAGAAGUGAUACUUUAUACAGUUCCCGUUGCUCUAAAAUUCCCGGUCUUGAAAAUAUUAAU